AUGAUCGGUUUUACGAUUUUCUUGAAGCUUUUGCUGAUUUUGAGCAAUUUUUUCGUCUCAAAAGUUUCUUGCAGUUCAUGUGAACAAUUUGAUGAUGAUGGUAUCACGUGUAGUUCUAUUGAGGCUCUUAUUAACUACUCCGAGCCCGCGAAUCCUAGAAAACUUUAUAUCUAUCCGCAGGAUGAAGAAGAACCAACUGUUGUUGUGUGUGAUGAAGCAUUUUUUGAGAACUUCACAUCAGUGAUUCAUCUUUCAUUGACCAAUUUGAAUCUCCUUCAAAUCAACGAGGAGUGUUUCAGUGGAUUGGAUGGGGUUGAGAAUAUUGUUCUUGACGAUAAUUAUUUAACAAGAAUUGAUAUGGGUAGCUUCAGAACGUCCGAAGCAAUGAAAGUUCAAACAAUUGAUUUAGGUAGAAAUUUCAUUUCAAAAAUUAUCUUUGAUGAUGUAGAAUUGCCUGAAUUAACAUAUUUGUCUGUUGCCCUAAAUAGAUUAAAGACCUUUGAGCUGAAAACAGGGCAUAUGCCGAAAAUUCUCAAUUUAAAUUUGGAAAAAAAUCAAAUUUCCUCCUUUAAAAUUGAAAGUAAAACAUUGACGGAGAUUUUCUUAAGAAACAAUAGAAUAAAAUUCUUUCAAGGAACCGAUCUUGUGCUUCCCAAUUUGGAAAAUAUCAACCUUGAAGAGAAUUUCCUGACCUCAAUCACCCCCGACAUGUUUGCGAAUAUGCCCAAAUUAAAUUUCAUUACAAUUUCCCACAAUCUCCUUGUAAAUGUUUCCUUUCCAAAAGCAAGAAAAUUUAAAGAUGUCGAUUUAGGGUACAAUAGCAUUAAAACAAUGACCAAUUUAAACUUAACUGUUGGUCGUAUUGAAUCCUUUUUGAAUUUGGAAUCAAAUAAAAUUUUCCGUUUGGAGCGAGGAAGUUUAAAUAUUAGAAAAGUUAAACAUUUUUACUGUAUUAAAUCUAAAAUUAAUUUUAUUGAUAAAUACUUCAUUGCAAAUACUUUUAUGUCCCUUAAAUCAUUAUCCCUUCAGUACAAUUACUUACAAAGUGCCGACAUUUUCAGAGCUAACAAUAAGACUUUUGAUUUAAUGAAUGUAUAUUUCUCAUUCAAUAGAAUAAGAAAAAUAGGUAAAAGAGACUUUAAACGUGUCCCUAAAUUGGAACAACUCUAUUUGGAUAAUAAUGCAAUAACAAGGAUCGAAGGAGGAGCUUUUGAUACUUUAACAGACCUAAAAGUAUUAAGUCUUGUCAAUAAUUUGCUGUUUAAAUUACCAGCAAAUCUCUUUGAUAGGCAAAAUGCAUUAAUAUUGCUUGGAUUGACUGGGAAUAAUAUGCCCUUCUUCCCAAUUCCUGGAUGGGAUGAAGGAACAGGAGACAUUUCAAAUACCACCACUCUUGGAAAAUUGGAAAAACUCUUCAUUGAUAUGAAUCCUCUUCAGUGCCAAUGCAUGGACCUAAUUAAAUCCUGGGCUAAGAUGAAAAAAAUAAAAUUAGUAAUUGAUAACGAAUUUGUGAGGAAUGGCAUACAACCCACGUGCAUUGUAAACGAUCAAGGAUGCAGGACAGACGUUGGAAAGGACUUUAUCUACUACUUUUGGCAUCUAUUUAACAAUGAAACAUACAUAAAUAUGUUACAUACUGAAGAUAAUGAGGAAUUUCCGUCAUUUGGGAAUGCCAAUAGAGUAUUUCAGAGUAUUUUUGAAGAUUUUUGGACGUAAUAAAUUGAAAAAAAAAAAA